UAAAGGAAGUACGUUUCUCACAUUUCUGUCAGUAAGCGCUCGUUUGCAUCAGCCACAUAGCUUGUCAGUACGGAAAGUUUUAACGUAUCCACAUUUACGUUAACUACCAGAUCCUGCUCUGUUAAACAUCUUGUUGACAUUUAGACAAUGGAAUUUCUGAUGUCAAAGAAGACGGAACUGGGCCAGUGGUUAUCAACAGACCCUGAGUAUAUCAUUGAAAAGUGUGAGGAUAUUUUAUCAGUUAAACAAGGAAAAGCUGUUUCCAGCCAAGCCACUGCUGCGGAGAAGAUCUGCCUUCUUUUGUGUGAAAUCAUGAAAAAUGGGGAGGGUGCAUGUAAGGCGUUCAAUGAGAUUCUGCAGAAAGAGAAGGAACAUUAUCCAGGCCUUCAACAGCAUUUCAGCAAGAACACACAAGUGUCAUCCAGCCCAACGGUUUACGCGGAUUGCAACAGCACUGUUGAUUCCCGAAGAGUUACCGGGAACCGAAUUAAAAAGGACUUGAUCAUACAUAAAACCAUCCAAGCAGGAGGGGUGAAUCCAUCUGGAGUGAACCUCGGCCAACCACCCCCAAAUGCAAAUGUGGUUGCAAUCAACAACAGUCAUAUCUCUACUGACAUGAUAACGGACUGUGACAUCGAUGGCAACCUCAAUUUGUCUUGGACACAGGCCCCACCUCCAGCCCCAGUCCAUCAAACCUCACAGUGUCCAGGUCAACAGGAUAACCUCCCUCAGCAUUGGGAUACCAAGCCAGCCACCACUUCUGUCCGGCUCUACCCUAUCCAGUCAGGAAGCCCAGAGUAUGAUGAAGUCCUGAGCCUGUUCCGGGCUACUUGUCCAGACAAUACAAUUAUUAAGAUUGAAAGGGUCCAGAACACAAACCUGUGGAAUAGCUUCCAGAUCAAGAAACAAGAAAUGGAGGACAGAAAUGAUGGCAUGAUCAAUGAGAGACGUCUUUUCCAUGCAACCAGCUACACAACCAUAGAACACAUCAACAACAACGGGUUCAAUCGGAGCUACGCUGGACAAAAUGAUGCAGAGUAUGGAAAUGGCACCUACUUUGCAGUCAAUGCCAGCUACUCUGCUGCUGAUGAAUUCUCCAAGCCGGAUGGCGAAGGGAGGAAGUUGAUGUACUUGUGUCGUGUUCUGACUGGACACUUCACAAAGGGAGAACGAGGGAUGAUAGAACCUCCAUUUAGAGGCGGUUCAGAGAGUCGGCGCUACGAUAGUACGACAAACGACAUAGGUAAUCCGACAGAGUUCGUAAUCUUCCACGACUGCCAGGCAUAUCCAGAGUACCUGAUCACUUUCUUAAGGGGCUAGAGCAACUGCUAUAACUCAAAACCACUCUUGGAAAUCCAUGGUUAAAAUCUAAUUUUGAGAACAGCAAAAAUAGCCAAAAGAAGUGACAGUAAGUGUGUUGAAAGUAUUGCACCAACGCCUUGAUUUUCUAGAUUUAAAUCUGUUAUUUCCAUUGUCAUAAUAUAAUUAUUGAUUUACUGUAUGUCCUAUAAUCUAACGGAUUGCACCUUUUAAACAGCAAUCUUAUUCAAAUAUCUUCAAAGGGACCAUUUUAUUUUUAUACAAUGGUUCUAACAUGGUAGCUUUUGCAAUAGCUCAACUAACAUAUAUUUUUUUGCCAGUGUUUUUUCUAUGAAACAUAUUAGUCAUUCCAUUAAAUAUCCUAGAUUUGUGGAAAACAUUUUGGUAAAACCAUAAUUUUUAUAUGAUAUUUCCAUUAAAUAUGAAAGAUGUGUAAUUAA